AUGUUAUUGGAAUAUUCACAUCUUAGUAAUAAUCAUAGCUUAUUACUUUUUCUUUGUAUAUGCUAUGGAUAUCUUGUUGUAUUUAUACAUUCUAUUACUGUUGCACAUCAACUUCGAAUUGAUAUCGCACCCCCAAUAUCUAGUAAAAAAGACAAAACUUUAUGGAUUGGUGGAAUGUUUCCCCAGACUGGCGAAUGGGCUGGUGGUGAAGCUGCGUUUCCUGCAGCUAUUAAAGCAUUAGAUCAAAUAAAUCAACGUGAAGAUAUUUUACCCGGUUAUUAUUUAAAUUUAUCUGCUUAUGAUACGAGAUGUUCACCCGGUUUGGGUACAACAAUUUUAUAUGAAUUACUCUAUAAUAAAACAUUUGGUAGUGUAAAUAGUUCAAUAUUAAUGUUACUUGGACCAGCAUGUAGUCCUGUUUCAACAGCUGUAGGUGAAGCUGCUAAAAUGUGGAAUUUAAUUGUACUUUCAUAUGGAUCAAGUUCACCAGCAUUAUCCAAUCGUGCUCGUUUUCGUACAUUUUUUCGUACACAUCCACCAGCUACAUUACAUAAUCCAACACGUAUAAAAUUUUUUGAUUUAUUUGGUUGGAAACGAAUUGCUAUAUUAAUACAAACCGAAGAAGUUUGGCAAUCAACAGCUGAACAUUUAGAAACUCUAGCACGUAAACAUAACGUUCAUAUUGCCGUACGACAAUUAUUCGAUAAUGAUCCUUCACAUGCCAUUAGUAAUCUAAAAAAAGAUGAUAUUCGUAUUAUUGUUGGAUUAUUUUAUGAGGAAAAAGCCCGAAAAGUUUUCUGUAAAGCUUAUCAACAAAAUUAUUUUGGAGAAAGUUAUGUAUGGUGGUUAAUUGGUUGGUAUGCUGAUAAUUGGUUUCUUAAAGCACAUGAUGUUGAAUGUACACCUGAAGAAAUGUCUCGAGCAGUUGAAGGACAUUUUACAACAGAAAUUCAAAUGUUAACUGAUGCAACAAGAAGAACCGUAUCAGGUUUAACAGCUCAAGAAUUUAUAACUGAUCUUAAUACAACAUUAAAACAAUUAUUUCCAUCAAAACCAGUUGAAUCUGUUGGUGGUUAUGUUGAAGCACCUCUUGCUUAUGAUGCAACAUGGGCAUUAGCAUUAGCACUUAAUCGUUCAUUAGAAAGAACAAAUUUAGAAGAAUGGACUUAUGGAAAUGUUGAUAUGAAAAAUCUUAUGAUGGAUGAUAUGAAACAAACAGACUUUUUUGGUGUAUCGGGUGCUGUUAAAUUUGAUGAAUUCGGUAAUCGAAUGUCAAAAGUUGUUGUUGAACAACUUCGAAAUGGUGUUUAUCAUCGUUUAGCUCGAUUUGAUGCUGAAAGAGGUUCAAUAGAAUGGUUAGGCGGCGAAGAAUCCGAUGGUAGUCGUUGUUGGAAUUAUAAAUAUAAUUAUUCAUCAAGUAAUGAAAAACGUCGUUCAGCACCAUUUGAUCAACUACAAAAAUCGCAUCAAGUGCAAGAAAUUUCUCGGCCAUUAUAUUUAACAAUGAGUUUUUUUGCAGCACUGGGUUUACUUUUUUCUAUUGUUUGUCUUAUAUUAAAUAUUAUUUAUCAAAAACGAAAAUUUAUUUGGCAAUCAAAACCAAUGUAUAAUAAUUGUGCUUUAGUUGGUGGUAUUAUUUGUUUAGCUGAUGUAUUUUUACUUGGAGCUGAUAGUCAAACCGAUAAUCCAGCACGUUUUGUUAAACUUUGUCAAUUGAAAGGUUCAUUAUUAGCUGCUGGUUUUUCUAUAUGUUAUGGUGGUUUAUUAGCUAAACUUUUACGAACAUAUCUUUUAUCAACGAAAAAAGCAAUAAAUGAACUUUGGUCAAAAUUAGAAUUAUUAAUUAUUGUUGGAAGUUUACUUCUUAUUGAUUUAAUUGUAUUUGUUAUUUGGCAUAUAAAAGAUCCAUUAGUUUUUACUUCUGAACAAACAGGUGAUGGUCCAAUAAAAAAUGAUGUUCAAACUGUUUAUCAAUUUCAGCAAUGUCGUUCUAAACAACAUAUGAUAUGGAUUGGACUUUUAUAUUCUAUCAAAGGUAUAUUAAUUGUUAUUGGAAUUUAUUUAAGUUAUGAAACUCGUGCAAGUAAACUUGAAAUGAUUAAUGAUGCACAUUUAGUUCGUAUGUGUACUUAUAAUAUAUUCAUUGUUUGUUUAAUUUCGGCUUCAUUAACACUUAUUAUUGAACGUAAUCAAGAUGCUGAUUUUGCUUUUGCAUCUAUUGCUAUUAUACUUUGUUGUUUUGUUUCAUUUGGACUUAUAUUUUUACCAAAAAUAUUAUGUAUUAUACGUGGUCGUGAUCAGACAAUUUCAUCGGUUACGAGUAAAGAUCAUGCAAAAUCAAAUUCAAUUGGUGGUGGUCAUGGUUCAAAUCCUACCACACAACAAUUAAGUAGUGAAGAUGAAGAAAAACAUCGAAAAUUAGUUGCAGAAAAUGAACAACUUAAAACAUUAAUUGCUGAACGUGAAGCACGUGUUAAUGAAUUAAUAGAAAAAUUAAAACUACAUGGAAAUAAUAUUGUUAUACGUGAUGUUCAACGAUUUACUACUAAUUCUAGUCAUACGCCUGCUGCUAAUCAUGAUGGUGAAUCAACAGGACUAAUUGAUACAUCAGCUUAUGUUAUGCGACGUCGUUCAACAUUUGCUAAUCCUAUUACACUGAGUACACAUCUAUCAAAUACUGCAUUAUCUACAACAACAACAUCAAUAGGAGGAAAACCCGUUGAAGGACCAUCAGAAACAGAUAUCAAUAAACAAUCAUCUUAUCGAGAAUCUGUUUGUUGA